AAGCGGCUCCAUUAUCCAUCCACUCCAAUCCCCAAUCUCCCUCCCAACCAAUCCACCAAGCAAACCCGAUGGCCCGCACGAAGCAGACGGCGAGGAAGUCCACCGGCGGCAAGGCGCCGCGGAAGCAGCUGGCCACCAAGGCGGCGCGCAAGUCGGCCCCGGCCACGGGCGGCGUGAAGAAGCCGCACCGCUUCCGCCCGGGCACCGUGGCGCUCCGGGAGAUCCGCAAGUACCAGAAGAGCACGGAGCUGCUCAUCCGCAAGCUGCCCUUCCAGCGCCUCGUCCGGGAGAUCGCGCAGGACUUCAAGACCGACCUGAGGUUCCAGUCCUCCGCCGUGUCGGCGCUGCAGGAGGCCGCCGAGGCCUACCUCGUCGGGCUCUUCGAGGACACCAACCUCUGCGCCAUCCACGCCAAGCGCGUCACCAUCAUGCCCAAGGACAUCCAGCUCGCAAGACGCAUCCGGGGCGAGAGGGCCUAGGAUAGUGUCUGUCUCUUCUGCAGGUGUAGAGAUUAGCAUGUGUUUUGCGUGGUGGAGUGAUCCUGUGUUCGUGCUAUGUUGGGUGUGUGUGAUGUUCUAGUGCAGUGUCUGAUGUUACCAUCUUGUUGUCA